AUGGAUCAAUUUGAACCAAAGUUACACAAUGAGGUGUAUCCAUUCGUUCACCCCGUCAAAUUCAAAACCUCACUACGAGGCAAAGUGACGCUCCUUACAGGGUCGACUGGUACAAUAGGUUGGGCAAUGGUAGAAUGCUUCUUUGUCGCCGGAGCCCACCUGAUCCUAACUUACAACCGGAAUAAACCUUCUCUCGAUUUUCUGAAUCGAUGUCGCGCUCUCGGUGCCGCAGCUGCAAAACCUAUUCAUUGCAAUGUGUCAGAUCUGGACAGCUGCCAGAAUCUCAUCAAGCAACUGGACAGUACUGUGGGCAAAAUUGAUAUACUUAUCAACAAUGCAGGGGUGGAUAGUAUAGGACCGAUGCAUGUUAAAGACCCCGCGGCUAUCAUCAAAGACUUGGCUAUCAAUUUACAUGGCCCGUUGUUCUUGAUGCGUCUCGUCAUGCCAGACUUUAUCCAGGCCGGACGUGGUACCAUCAUCAACGUAGCCUCCAGGGGCGGGACAGUUGAUCUCCCCUUUAACACCACUUACAGUACUAGCAAAGCCGCAUUGAUACGACUUACUAGCUCUUGGCAGGCUGAAUUGCAACUGGGAGGCCAUGAUGGUAUUCAAUUGUAUGCCAUUCAUCCUGGUGCCGUACCCUCACAAAUGACCUCCGCAGGUAUUUUACUCCUGUUUGCUAUCCCAUCUGCUGCCCUGCUAACUGUUUCUCAAGUACAUCCAGAGGAGAUAAUGGGCGAAUAUUCUCACCUCGUAAAAGGAAUGGCUCAAGUGUUGGAGAACUUUAAAGAUUCUCCUUAUCUAAGCGGAAUGGUAUCCGUGGCUUUAGCAACUGGUAUCGCAAAAGACUGCUUAAAUGGCAAAUAUUUUGAUGUCCAGCAAGAUCUAGGGGAUGUAAUAGCCCAGGCUUCGGCUCUCAGGGAUAACUCAGACCUUUACAAGAUGCAAGUAGCAUUUCUCGGUGAUUUGCCAAAUAAUGGGGGGACAGAGAAUAUAGCUCCAGAGAAAGCUUUUAACUUUCCUGGAUAUUGA